AUGCAACUGCCAAAGCACUUGAAGAUAGCGGCCGGGUCGGCGGGCGCAGCCAUAUUUGGCGUCCUGUUCGGUUGGGUCAUAUUCCCUGCCAUACUCAAGUCACAACUCAAGAAGGAAAUGGCCCUGACGGCGAAAACGGACGUGCGUCAAAUGUGGCAGAAGAUCCCCUUCGCCCUGGACUUCAAGGUGUACCUGUUCAACUACACCAACGCCGCUGAGGUGCAGAAGGGGGCAGUCCCCAUUGUGCAGGAAAUCGGACCUUAUUACUUUGAAGAAUGGAAAGAGAAAGUGGAAGUAGAAGAGAACGACGCAGAAGACACAAUCAACUACAAGAAGGUGGACGUUUUCUACUUCAAACCGGAAAAGUCGGGACCAGGUCUUACCGGAGAAGAGGUUAUCACCAUGCCGCAUCCAUUUAUGUUGGGUAUGGCAACAGUAGUCUACCGCGACAAGCCAGCCAUGCUCAACAUGAUCAACAAGGCCCUCAACGGCAUUUUCGACAACCCUGACGACAUUUUCCUCAGAGUCAAAGCCCUGGAUGUCCUCUUCAGAGGUCUCACCAUAAAUUGUGCCAGAACAGAGUUUGCUCCAAAAGCAGUGUGUACUGCUUUGAAGAAGGAAGGACCUCCUGGCUUGAUUCUGGAGCCUAAUAACCAGUUUAGGUUCUCUAUUUUUGGUGCGCGCAACGGCACAGUAGACCCAAAAGUGAUCACCGUGAGUCGAGGCAAAAAGAACGUCAUGGACGUAGGCCAAGUUCUUGCUGUGGACGGUAAAGACAAGCAGGAGAUGUGGAGGGACCAUUGCAAUGAGUACGGGGGGACGGAUGGCACUGUCUUCCCGCCGUUUUUGACAGAGUUUGACAGGCUGCAGUCGUUUUCUGGUGAUUUGUGCAGAUCUUUCAAACCCUGGUACCAAAAGAAGACCUCAUACCGCGGCAUCAAAACCAACCGAUACAUCGCUAACAUCGGAGACUUGGCCAACGAUCCCGAACUCAACUGUUUCUGCGAGGCCCCUGACAAAUGCCCACUAAAGGGCCUCAUGGACGUGACGAAAUGCGUUGGGGCCCCGAUGUAUGUCUCCAUGCCCCAUUUCCUGGACAGCGACCCGUCGCUAGUGGCCAAUUGUAAGGGGUUGAACCCCGACGUCAAUGAGCAUGGCAUCGAGAUCGACUUUGAACCGAUAAGCGGAACACCGAUGGUGGCUCGCCAGCGCGUACAGUUCAACAUGCUUCUGCUGAACACUGAAAAGCUGGACCUCUGCAAGGACAUGCCUAACACUUAUGCGCCCCUGUUCUGGGUCGAAGAAGGUCUAUCUCUAAACAAGACGUUCGUGAACAUGCUAAAACACCAACUCUUCUGGCCGAAGCGUGCGGUGGGCGUCAUCAAAUGGAUGCUGGUCUCGUUUGGAAUCCUCGGCGCGCUAGGCGGCGCCGUGUUCCACUUCAAAGGGGGUAUAAUGAACUUCGCCGUGUCCAAGAACUCAGCGUCCGUGGCCAAGAUCAAGCCAGAGGAUGAACCCAAGGAGGUCAGCGUGAUUGGCAGCCACGAGCCAGCCAAGGUCAUGUAA